AUGGCAGUUCCAUUGGUGUGUACGCUCAAGAACUGCCCGAUCGAAUGGGGCUACGUUCACUAUCAGCCUUCGAUCGGCGGCAAUGCUUUCAUGGCAGCGGCCUUUGGCCUGCUCGCGGCUCCAGCCAUCUAUCUGGGGAUCCGCCACAAGGUCAAGCUGUUCACCUUUUGCUUCGUGACGGGGCUGGUGGGCGAGGUGGUUGGGUAUGUUGGACGGAUUAUGUUACACAAUGAUCCAUUCAGCAAGAACGCGUUUCUCAUGUACCUCAUUUGCACGACUAUCGCGCCGUGCUUUACGGCAGCGGCAAUCUACUUGACGCUUUCGCGCAUCGUUGUCGUCUAUGGCGAGGUAAUCAGUCGGAUUCGGCCACGAACGUACACUCUCCUGUUCAGCGGCUUUGAUCUGAUUGCUUUGGUGGUGAUUGCCGUUGGAGGAGGCAUGGCAGCAGUUGCAGUCAAACAAUGGAAGAUCGAUCAAGGUACUCAUAUCAUGGUCGCCGGACUAGUAGUUCAGGUGAUCAGCCUAGUGGUUUUCAUUUCUCUCUGUUUCGAAUACUUCCUGAGGGUUCGAAAGAGUCAGAAUCGACUGAACCCGAACUAUGCCACCCUGCGCCACUCCUCUCGAUUUAAGCUAUUCCUGUACGCCCUCGCAGCAGCGACCAUCUUGCUCUUCAUUCGAGCGGUGUAUCGAGUAGUGGAGCUUUCGGGAGGAUUCCGGGGCAGGUUGGCCCAGAACGAAGUCUUGUUCAUGGUCUUGGACGGUGCUAUGGUUCUGCUGGCGUGCAUUAUCUUGAUCGUGUUCCAUCCUGGUCUUGCCUUUGAUGGCGUCUGGAAAGAGGCAUCCUUCCAUUGGGGUAAGAAGAACGAAAGCAACGAGUCCAUGAUGCAGGACAUCACAACGCACUCUGUCCCUUACAAUGGUAAGCGUUGA